AUGGGGUACCAGCGGGACCUUGAGACCACUGUGCAUAUGCAUUUGUACUCAGUGAAAAAGGUGCAUGUUUUCUCCUGCAUCCUCAUCUUCAUGACCAUUAUGUUCCUCUCAAUCACUGCUGGCAUCUUGGGUCCGUCGGUGCUGACGCGCAACAAUCACUACGCUACUAAAAUUCUCCCAGAAGAACGAACUAUUUACAACGGUUUCUACAAGGUUACUUCUGACCCUGUGAUGCUCUUUCAGAGGGAGAUUUGGUUUUCCUCCGUCAUCCACCAAGAGAACCCUAACGCCUUUAUGUCGAUUCCGGUUACCGUAAACAUAUCGGUAAUGUGUCGAACGUAUCCAAAGGACAUGCGAAAUGAAGGCAAUUCAGAUCCUGGCGCCGGAGAAGUAUUGUCUAUCGUUACGUAUCAGAGAAAUACGAUGCUCUUUUGCAACAACGGGAAGGCAUGCAACGAGCUGCAGCUAGUUCAUCUUGCCCUGCUGAAUUGCACGGCUUACACUUUCAAAGUGAGGUUCUUUGGUCUUCGUCCGCAAAACAAUGUGGAACAAGAAGGCGACGGUGGUAACCUGGCCCAUGAUGCGGACGAUAUGCACGAAGCCGCAAUGAAGCUGAAAAUGGCGGAUGCUGAGGCCGAGAAACCACUUAUUCCCGCCUUCGAGAUUACGGAAAUUGAGUUCAUUACACAGACGCACAAUGCCACUUUUAGUUACUUUGAGCUACUCUUGCGAUUUGUCGCUUUUCUGGCAGCUUUCGGACUCUUGGGUAGCUUCUGCGUAUCUAUGCGAUCCUUUGGGUGGAAAUACUGGACCAUUGAACAGAAGUUUACCGUAGUACUCCUCAUUCUCCUUCUUUUCUUCUACAAUCCCCUCCAUCCACUGAUGUAUCUUCUGUCUGGUUGGAUUCCACAGGCUCUGGACGGUUUCUUUCAAGUCUCCUUUUACGCUUUUCUGCUCCUCUUCUGGCUGUGUGUCUUUGAUGCCCUACGAGUGGCUGACAGAUCAUGCUGUCGGUUCUACUGCUUACGCCUCAUUAUUCCAACCCUAAUUUGGCUCGUCUUCGUAACAUUUAACGGCUGGGUCGUGCAUUCGGAGUAUUGUGAUCCUCUCUUCUAUCUCCUCCACCACUCAGUUGCUAUCCAGGUCUUUCUAGCACUUCUGGGGGUUUUGGCUUUCAUCUACCUCCUCUACUUUUUCAUCCUCCUCUUCCGCUCGUACUCCGAAUUGCGAUCGAUGCCUUACUAUAAUCUGCGCUUGACUCUCCUGCUCAUUCCAGUCCUGCUGAUGGCCGUCAAUUUUCUAGUGGUGAUGGGCCUGCGUUUCAAUCCCUAUGGUCCGGCCUUUUACCUUCGUCCUGUCACUACCGAGGUUGCUACUCCCUUUGAGGGAUUUCCAGUGACUCCUAGCGGCGCUGCUUUCACCUCCUUCCGCUCCGCUCUUGAGCUCACUCUUAACUUCAGUAUCGUCUUCUGCUUUGCACUCCUUAUGGUCAUUGCCUACUCGCCCGCCAGUACUGCUCUCGCGGAAGCAAAUUACAAGGAUGAUCCUUCCGCAUCGCUGGUUUACGAAUCAGAUGAGGACGUUUUAUACGGCACACAGCCCGCCUUUGAGCUCAUCCCCCCAAGAAUUGGGCCGGAAAGUGAAACCGUUUAA